CGUCACCACUGCGAAUUAUUGAAGAGUGGGAUGUUGAGUAUAAAGGCGUUGGAAGCCCCCUGGGUGAAUACAUUCUUCAGACAAGACCAACUUGGCCCAAUUGACCCCUCCUCCCCAGACAGACCCUAAGUCCUUGUUGAAAGUAAAAGCGGACAUGGCACCAGGAGAACACUCACAUCACGCCCUUCCGAAAGAGGUUGAAGGCGAGCCUCACAAUGUCAACAAAGCUGCACCAGGGAUAUCCUACUUCACCCCAGCACAAGAUCCCCCAGCUGGAACGGCGAUUAGAAUGAAAGAUGGCAGCAGCAAGAUACCUAAGCUUUUCACCCCUCUUAAGCUCAGGGGCCUCACUCUUCAAAACCGGAUAAUGCUCUCUCCCCUCUGCCAGUAUUCGGCUGAAGACGGCCACCACACAGCAUGGCACUUCACCCAUAUCGGCGGCAUCGUUCAGCGCGGACCAGGCAUAACGUUCAUCGAAGCUACCGCAGUCGUGCCGGAGGGAAGAAUCACACCUGAAGAUUCUGGCCUCUGGAAAGAUUCGCAAAUCGAGCCACUCCGACGCCUUGUUGAAUUCGCGCACUCCCAAGGACAGAAGAUUGGUAUUCAACUCGCCCAUGCAGGCCGAAAAGCCAGCACAGUCGCACCAUGGCUGAGCAUGGGGGACGUUGCAGGGCCGGAGUUGAAUGGAUGGCCAGACAACGUCAAGGCACCUUCGGCAAUCCCGUUCAACGCCCGACAUUGUUCUCCGAAGGAGAUGACGGAAGCUGAUAUCGCAGAUUUCAAGACUGCAUUCAAGGCCGCGGUCGAGCGUGCUUUGAGAGCAGGUUUCGACGCUAUUGAGAUCCAUAAUGCCCAUGGAUACCUCCUGCAUACCUUCCUCUCGCCUGCUUCAAAUCACCGAACCGAUGAGUAUGGAGGCUCAUUUGAGAAUCGUAUUCGAUUGACUUUGGAAAUUGUCGAGAUCGCUAGGAACACAAUCCCAGAUGAUAUGCCCCUCUUCUUGCGAAUCAGCGCCACCGACUGGCUUGAAGAGCAAGGUAUUGAUGGUUGGACCAUUGACCAGACUGUUAAACUUGCCGAGAUCCUGGCAGCAAACGGUGUCGACUUGCUCGAUGUCUCGUCUGGUGGUUUGCACGAGAAGCAGCAUAUUCAUGGUGGACCUGGCUACCAAGUUCCGUUCGCGAAGGCUGUGAAAGAGAAGGUAGGGGAUAAGAUGCUUGUUGGUACCGUUGGUACAAUUACCGAGGGCAAGCAAGCGAACGGAUACCUUGAGAACGAUAACCUUGACCUCGCCAUCGCUGGCAGGAUGUUCCAAAAGAAUCCAGGAUUAGUUUGGGCAUGGGCGGAUGACCUUGGCGUGGAAGGUAGAUGGGCAAAUCAGAUCAGGUGGGGAUUUGGUGGUAGGGGAAAGAAGUGAGUGUGGCCUCGAUCAUAGUUAGGCGUAGAAGUUAGAGUAUAGAAGACAAAUAAUUCUGAUCGUUUAUAUUAGGG